UUCUUCACGUCGUCCCGCUGCUAGAGCCGUGGCAUGAUGUAGGAUGGAGUGCGUGUCAUACACAAGCGGUAAACAAGCGAAACACAGGCUUUUUCCUGACCAGUUGGUCGUUUCGGACGCUGUCGUAACCGAGUGUAGAAAAGGCACUCUGGACAGACGUUUCCGACGAUGUAUGCAGAGACGGGUUGAGGGAGCGCUCACGGGUAUA